UUUACCCUCGCACCGCUUUGUCUACUUACAAAAGAUAAAAUUGAUUCUUUCUAUCUAGUGUAUGAAACGUGAACAAACAAUAAGUGACAAUGCAAAGUCAGUGUAUACUCCGUUGCAGACAAGCUGUGUUACUGUUGACUUCUCGAAAUGUCCAGUAAGACCAUCGAUUCAUGAAGUGGAGUAAAUGUUGAAGAUUAACAUGAAGCUCAACGUAGCAGAAAUUAAUGCUAUUCAAUUCCACCAUCUACGUCAUGCGGUACUGAUUAUGUUCAAAAACAUUAGUCAAGCGGAAUCUUUUGCUUCGAAUAACUACUUGAAACCACUAAACUGGCAUGGACGUGAACCAAAAUGCCAGAGAAGACGGACCGAAUGACCCCCGAGUUGCGGCAGACAACGCACUUUAUGUUUGUUCCAAGGAAGAUGAUCUCAACAGGCAGCAGCAAGCUGCGUCAACUUGAUGGACAGUUGAACGUUAAUUUUAAUUUUCACGCGUUGUAAAAAUCUUAAAAGACCCACGGCUCAGUUAUGCUAACGCAUGGAGCUGUGUCAAAUAAACAAGAAUAAAAAUGAAUUUCAUUUUCUAUUCUCUCAAUGUUUACGUUUUGAAGUUAGGACAUAUUCAAAUGUUUCUCUUGAAUUAGAAAAAAUCGGACAAUUUGAAAUUUUGAUAUCCUACGAGAUUGGUCUUAUUGCCGUAAUACAAUCCAGAAUUAUGAGUUGUUUCGAGUUUUGGUACAGUGAUGACGAGAAUGAAGAUAGUGAUGAUGAUUCUUUGGAACGUUCAGUGGUGCGCUUAGAACGACGAAAAAUAUGAGAUAAGAGUAAUCCUUUAGAUUUGCCUCACGACGCGUAAGUCUCUAUUAAUCUUUCGUAUAGGGUCGAUAUCCAUUCCUUCGUUUUUCAAUUAAUUCCAGUUUUAUUAAGUAUUUCCGGAUUUCUAAGGAUCUGUUUAGCUACUUGCUAAAUAUUGUUGAAAGCAAAUUGGGUGGCACCGUUGGAUCUGCUUCGGUGUUACCAAUCACCAAGUUAUCAGCCGCAUUGCGGUUCUUUGCUGAAGGUAGCUACCAAAAAGGAGUGGGAAACGAUAUGUUCGUAGGGAUGGCACAACCCACGCUAUCAAGAUCGUUGUCUUCUAUAAUUGACAUAUUUGAAACCGAAAUUUGUCAUACCGCAAUAAAAUUUCCCACAGAUGAAGCAGAAAGAAAUGAAAUUAAAAUGGCAUUCUACGAAAAAACUGGAUUUCCGGGAGUAAUAGGGUGUGUCGACGGCACUCAUGUGAAAAUUGUUACGCCUAACUCGAACAUUCAACAUCUUUACUACAACAGAAAAGGCUUUCAUAGUUUGAAUGUUAUGCUGGUAUGUGAUCAUAAACUGAGAAUCCGCUACGUAGAUGCAAACCAUCCUGGUUCUAAUCAUGAUUCCUUCAUAUGGAACAGUAGUCCUCUGGAUACAAUGUUGCAUGAGAUGUACCAAAACGGCGAACAAAAUACCUGGCUGUUAGGCGACGCCGGAUAUCCGUUGAAGCCCUAUCUGAUCACCCCUUUUCGAUCUACUACAAGAACUCCAAGUUCGGAAAAUCAGACUAAAUUCAAUGAAAUACAUUCAAAAGCAAGAAUGACUAUCGAACGAGCAAUCGGAGUAUUGAAAAAUGUAUUUCGAUGUAGCUUAGGUGCUCGACAGUUACAUUACAAACCGGAAAAGGCUGCAAAGAUUGUAAAUGUGUGCUGUGCAUUACAUAAUUUGAGGCUUCGAUUUAAUGUGCCACUAGAUGGUGAAGAUUGGCAGCCCAUUGAGAAUGACGAACAUGUUGAUCCUGUAGUGGAAGAUGAAAGUCACAUGUCUGCCGAUGAUAUUAGAAGAACAAUUAUGAUGUCGAUUAUAUAAAAGUCAUUGCGUAUUCCGUCAAAUAACCGAACUUAUAUUAGGUUAGUUAAUUAAAGAAAAAUGUCUGAACUAAUUUGUAGAGUAAAUUCAUUAAUUCAACAUUAAUCAAAAACCAAGGACC